AUGAAGACCAACACCAUCAUCUCUCUGCUCGGUCUUUCCGGUAGCGCCCUGGGCGCUGCCGUGUCCAAGGGCUCCCAGGAGCCCUUUGGGUACAAGUCCGGUUCAAAGGAGUCCAUUGCCAACAUGAAGGACAAGAUUGAGAAUGUUGUCUGGAUCUUGCUGGAGAACCGCGGAUUCGACAACAUCCUGGGUGGUGUGAAGAAGGAUGGCCUCGACAAUGUCGUCAACAAUGGUCCUUUCUGGAACCCCCAGAAUGUUAAUGAUACCAACAGCAAGAAGUGGUACAGCCAGUACAAGGACUACGACUCCGUGCUUCAUGAUCCUGAUCACUCGGUUACUGGUGUCAACUUCGAGUUGUAUGGUACUUACCACCCCGAUAACGAGGCUAUUGCCAAUGGCUCUUUGACUGCCAACCUGGAGGGCUUUGUCAACCGCCAGAUGUCGGCCUAUCCCAGUAUCACUGCCCAGCGGGCCGCCGAUGAGGUUAUGGGAUACUACUCCGAGGAUGAGAUCCCCACUCUCGUUGACUUGGUUGAUGAAUUCACGACUUUCAACUACUGGCACUCCUGUGUCCCGGGUCCUACUAACCCCAACCGUCUCUGUGCCAUCGCAGGUACUCCUGACGGCCACGGCUCCAACGAUGAGAGCUUUGAUGUGUCUGGUAUCGACACCAGCAGCAUCUUUCAAGUUGCCUCCGAGAAAGGUAUCUCGUGGCGCAACUACGACGGCACCAACGGUGACUUCCUGUCCGACGCCAUGUUCUUCAACUGGACCGCAAAGAACGCCAAGAGCAACGUCGUGCCCCUCGAGAACUUCUACCAAGAUGCCUACCUUGGCCUGCUGCCCCAACUAUCCUACAUCAACCCCUCAUGCUGCGGCCUGAACACCAACUCCAUGCACCCCUCAGGCAACGUCUCCUUCGGCCAAGUCCUCCUAAAGCAGGUCUACGAUGCCAUCCGCACCGGCCCCCAGUGGGAGAAGACCCUCCUUCUCAUCACCUUCGACGAGACAGGUGGUUUCUUCGACCACGUCGCUCCCCCUCUUGCGGUCCGCCCGGACGACAAGACCUACACUGAGACCGCCAAGGACGGCAAGGACUACACUCUCAACUUCGAUCGUCUCGGUGGCCGUAUGCCCACUUGGCUGGUCUCCCCCUAUGCUCCCCGCGGCUAUGUUGAGAACUAUGGUACCGAUCCCGUUACUGGAGAGUCCUCUUCGUACAGUGCUACCUCCGUCCUGAAGACUCUUGGUUACUUGUGGGAUUUGGAGGAUAUGAGCCCUCGCGUGGAGCACUCGCCUGCCUUUGAUCAUCUUAUUGGUACCACGGCUCGUUCUUCGGCGCCUAGUGUUCUUAAGAACCCUCACCCUUUCCCUGAUGCUGUUUAA